AUGGAGACGUCGUCCAAGAGUGCCGUGGGUGGCGGCACUGAUGAGGACGGUCUGCCCAUGAUCGACAGCUCCAUCGCAGAGCGAAGCUAUCAGUUCUCCAUGACCAAACAAUGCUUGCUGAAGAACACGCUGGUCACCUUGCCCACAGGCCUCGGCAAGACGUUCAUCGCUGCGGUUGUGAUGUACAACUUCUACCGCUGGUACCCGACUGGCAAAGUCGUGUUUAUGGCACCGACAAAGCCGCUCGUGGCGCAGCAGGUGCAGGCGUGCUUCCGCAUCAUGGGCUUUGACCGCGAAGACGUGUGCGAGAUGACGGGCAACAAGCGGCCCGCACUCCGUAAGAAGCUCUGGCACCAAAAGCGCGUCUUCUUCCUCACUGCCGAAGUGUUGCAAAACGACCUGCGACGUGGCUCGUGUCCCGCCAAAGCGUUUGUCUGCCUCGUCGCCGACGAAGCACACCGUGCGCUCGGCAACCAUGCAUACUGUAACGUCGUGGAGGUCCUGUGUUCGCACACGGAGCGGCUGCGCAUCAUCGGCCUCUCCGCGACACCGGGGGACACCAUCGCCACCGUCCAGCAAAUCAUCACAAACCUCCGGAUAAGCCACAUUGAACUGCGGAGUGAAUCGUCCAUCGACAUUCGUCCAUACACCAACCAGCGCAAGGUUGAGCUGGUUGUGAUCAAGCCGAGUGGCGAGGUGUCUGAGUUUCAGCCCACCAUUGACAAGAUGCUGGGCACAUUCCUUGAUCGCCUCACACGCGCACGCGCCAUCCGCAAAAUGAACCCGAGCAAAGUGUCCUCGUUUGCACUCCUGAAAGCGCGGGAUCUGUUUCGCAGGGGCAACACCGCAACGUCUGCCGCGUACGUCCACCAAUGCGUUGUUGAGGGUGACUUUGCGAUGGCAAUCUCGCUGGCGUAUUCGUGCACGAUGCUGCGCACACACGGCGUCACGCCCUUCUACCGCUCCAUCACAUCCUAUCUCAACGGCGAGAAGAACCCGCGACUCGGUCAGCAGAUGAAGAAGAGCCAGGAAGUGAUGAACAUGGUGGCCAAGCUGAAGAAAAUUGUGGAAGGUGCGAUCGACACACGCGCUGUGUUUGAUGGCUGUGUUUCGUCGCUGUGCGUUGGUCCGCCCUCAUGUUGUCGCUUGUACGGCCACCCGAAGUUGGAGAAGCUGGAGGAGAUUGUGACGAAGCACUUUCGCGAAACGAAGCACAAGGACACGCGCGUGAUUGUGUUUUCGUCCUAUCGUGACUCUGUCGUGGACAUUGUGAACGUUCUCGGGAAACACAAGCCCCUGAUUCGCGUUGCGUCGUUUGUCGGCCAGGCGUCUGGGAAAUCCAAAUCGAAAAAGGGCCAGAAGCAAAGCGAGCAAAUUGCGGUUGUGAGCAAUUUCCGCGCCGGUGUCCACAACACACUCGUUGCAACGUGUGUUGGUGAAGAGGGGCUUGACAUUGGGCACGUUGAUCUCAUCAUCUGCUUCGAUUCCAAAGGCUCGUCCACGCGCCUCAUCCAGCGCAUGGGCAGAACAGGGCGAAAGCGGAAUGGGCGCAUCGUGCAGCUGUUGUGCGAAGGGUCGGAGGUGAACAACUACCGGCGCAGCACAGCGGCGAGCACCAACAUUCGCCAGGCCAUUGUCAAUGCCGCAAAGAAGUUCCAGCUGUACCCGCAUAACCCGCGCAUGCUGCCACCGGGAACAACGCUGCAGGUCCGCAAAUUCUCAUUCACACCCAUCACCCACGACUGGGCACCGCCAAGCCAGGACAACCCAAAGCAGCAGGGGAAGCAGAAGGCGGCGAGGAAGAGGAAGGGGAGGAGAGGUGCUGGGUUGGAUCUGGACGACGACGACGACGGCUUUGAUGGCGAUGAUGAUGAUGAUGAUGAUGAUGGUUAUGAUGAUGAUGAUGCUGGUGGUGGUGGUGGUGGUGGUGGUGGUGAUCGUGGCAUGGACGGUGGUGCUGUGGCGAGUGCUGAGGAGCUCCGACGACAGGCGCGGCGAAGGCGACGGGCAGCGGCGGCAGUGAGGGCGCACAUGGAGGCAUCAGGCGGUACAGCAGACACGGACCACACCGACGAUGAUGACGGCGAUGACGCCGAUGACUAUGGUGGUGUCGAUGGUGGGGGAGGGGGUCGGAGAGGAGGUGCAGUGGGACGGCAGCGCCAGGCGAAAGCAACAGCACGCACGAAGGCCAAGGGAAAGAAGAACAAGAAGAAGAAGAAGAAGAAGAAGAAGAAGGCCCCCAUGUUGGAUCUUGAUCUCGGCACGCAGGUAGAGGGUGUUGACGCCGAUGUCGAUGAUGAUGAUGGUGACGACGACAACGCUGAUGAUGACGAAAGUGGUCGUGGCGAUGGUGAUGGUGAUGGUGAUGGUGCGAGUGCUGGUGGUCCAAACCAACCCGCUACUGCUACUGCCACUGGUGGUGGCGGUGGGUUGUUCACGGAAGUGUCCCCACAACGGCCGGGGCGGCUUCACACAUCCUCCUCAACAGCAGCAGCAGCAUCAUCAGCGUCGUCGUCGAUGUCUCGCACGCCGUCCCCUGCAGCAAGGAAGGAGCGACGCCAGCAGCGCCAAUCGCGCAACUCAGGGCCAUCACGAUCACGAUCACGAUCGCGAUCACGAUCACGAUCACCGGUCAAGCGGGCAGCGCCAUUACCGAAGAAAGGCCGUGGUGGCAGUCGACGGAGCGCAGACAGCAAGGCCAAGCAGGCCAAGCAGGCGAGGAAGACAGCCACGAACAGUGGCAAAGGCGACAACGGUGGCAAUGAUGAGGAUGAUGGCAAUGAUCGGGAUGAGCUGCCGGUGUCGCUGCUCUUCUCAACAACAACAGCAGCGGAUAUCGUAGGCGCAAACGCCACCACAUCCACCAAUGCUGACGUCGAUGCCGGCGAGGGCCAUGGCGGUGAGAGCACGAACGCUGCUGACGCCCAGCAUGUCACUGCUACUGCUGCAUCUGCUGCGUCUGCUGUGCAGGAUGAUGAUGAUAGUGGUGGGGGUGGGGGUGGUGGUGGUGGUGGUGGCCGUGAGGACGAUGGUGGUGAUGAUGGGCAGGUGUUUGAUUGGGAGUGGGAACCGCCUUCGCCUCCAAUGACCCCGCUGUCAGUGACAGAUACGUCUCCGUCGAAAAACCACCGCAACGGUGGGAGUGACCGCGGUGGUGCAGGUGCUGUUGUUGUUGUUGGUGGUGGUGAUGCUGAUAGCCGCAGCAUUGGCGGCAGCAUCGGCGGCAGCAGCAGCAACCAGCAACGCCGCAAUCGCAGCCCGCCGCGCCAUCACCAGCAGUCGCCGCUUCGUCGCUGCAUCACUACAGCACCGGCACCGGCACCGACAUCACCUUUGUCUUCCUCUGUGUCUCGCGGUGCGCGUGUGCUCGCACUUCUGCCAAAGUUUCCCGGUUUGCAGUCGCGCGCUGUUAAUGGCGGUGGCGAUGGCGGUGAUCGCGCAGCAGUGCAGGAGCAAGACAGGCAGCGGCGGCAGUGUGGUGCGAGAACAGACACGGUGCAGCGCAGCACACGCCCCCGCCCGAGCAUUGGAGGCGAGCAGCACAGCAUCUCGCGCGCUGGAAGGGCAACCGUCAUCCACAGCGCAGCCAGUGCCGCUGACAUUGACGGCAUCGACACGCUCAAUCAUGACGACGACCUUGAACAACAACAACAACAACAACAGCAGCAGCAGCAGCAGUUUUCACCGCUGUCAUCGCGUUAUUCGUGCGGUUCCUCCACUGUGUCUUCCUCGGAAUCUUCACCAGCGUCAUCAUCAUCGUCGUGUGCAACAGCAACCGCAGCGCUGCCACAUGUGCUGUGGCCGUCGCUUGCAUCGUGGCAGAGAGACGUGUUUGCACUUGCACUGCAUGAGGUGGCAGCAGAGACGCGUGUGCGGAAUGCUGAGUGUCGUGGCGUGGAGAAGCAUGGUGAUGCUGAUGAGAGUGGGGAUGGUGUACAUGACAGCAUGGCUUGCGCAAUCAAGGCAGCGAAGGUGCAUGAAAACCAACAGCAACAACAACAACAACAACAACAACAACAACAACAACAACAACAACAACAACAACAACAACAACAACAACAACAACAACAACAACAACAACAACAACAAGCGCUGAGUGCGCUUGGGCUGGAAGGCGCAUCUGAUUUGCAGUUGUUGUCGCUUCUCGACACUGAUGAGGAGAAUGACAGCGAGCGAGAACAAGAGUUGGACGCCGCAAGCAAGGGUGGUGCAGACGCGGCAACUGCAGAGGUGACUGGUGGCAUCCCACUUGAUGAUGAUGGUGGUCAGCAUGAGGGGGAGGAGGAGGAUGAUGGUGACAACAGGUCACAGACUGUUGUGUCCAUGAAGCCCCACUUGGAGGCGCUGCUGAUGGCGUCCGACAGUGACGACGAUGACAGCUACAACAGUGCAGGUGGUGAUGGUGGUGAUGGUGGGGAAGGGGCGAGUGAAUGCGUGAGUGUACACGAUGGCAUCUCUGCACAUGUCGAUGAUCAAACAGCACCAACAGCAGCCGUCCAUCCAUCGCCACCAUCAACAGCAGCUAUUCAUGCAGCAACAACAGCAACAGGAACUGGGCAGCCAUUGCCUCACACCACCGCUCAUGAUGAUGACGAUGACGAUGACGAUGAUGACUCGUUCUUCGCAGAUGCGGCGAUUUUGAAUCAAAUUGAGCAGCAAGAGAUUGCAAUGGGCAUUCGGGAUCUCCUGGACGACACCGACGAUGACCAUGAUGAUGAUGAUGAUGAUGAUUAUGAUGAUGGUGAUCAUGGUGGUGGUAGUGGUGAUGGUGAUGAUGAGAAGAAACAACGUGGGUUGGAGACGAGCCAGCAGUUUGCAGACAGCCCUCGUGCUGGCAACAUGAGUGAAACCACCACCAGCGUGGCUGUGCUUGAUCAAGGCACGACCACGAUGACCACCAUCCUUCAUCACCCCAGUGCGGCUGUGGGCAUGAAUGAUGAUGAUGAUGAUGAUGAUGAUGUGAAGGAAGAUGUGGCGGUUGCUGUUGACGAUGAUGAAGCAGAGGCACAGGCUGCUAUUGCCGCUGCCCUUGCAGCCGGCACAGACACCAGCGAUGAGGAGGAGGGCAGUGGUGGUGAUGGUGGCGGAGGUGAUGAAGAUGGUGACGGCAACGCUGGUUUUGAAGGAACGCCAGAGCCGAGCUCCACAUUCCGGGCACACGCGCUCCUGGAUGAUGAUGACGAUGACAAUGAUGAUGAUGAUGAUGCAGCUGCUGCUGGUGCUGGGGAUGAUGACGCUUUACUUGCUGCUGAGGUUGACAAUGUGGAGCAGCUCUGCAACAACGGCAACGAGGUUGGUGUUGGGCUUGAACCCGGCACAGCAGCAGCGAUAACAACGGGCGUACCACUCACAAACGCUGAGAUGAACGACAACAGUCACAACAAUCACAACACGCCCUCCACGCCUGUCGCCACGGCCUCUGCAGCCACGACGCCGUCCCCUGUCGUGCUUCGCCCAGCGCAGCGCCAGCGCGCCAUGUUCCUGCACGACUCGCAAUCACCAUCGCAGUCCCCGGCUGCGAACAACGGUCGUGGAACGCAGCGACAGCAGCGACAGCAGCGACAGCAGCGACAGCAGAACGGGUUGAGCCAGUCUCCACAGUCACAGCACCGGCAGCAGCAAGGCCGUCGGAGGGUGGUGGUGGCAGCAGCACAUGACACGGAUGAGGACAGCUCACCCGAGAAAUUGGCAAAUGUCGUGAUUCGGGCAUCUCGCACGAGCAAUGGAAACGCGGACAAGAAGAAGAAGACCGCAGUGUUGGCUUCGACAAACGACCACAAGGCACGACGCCGGCGUCAUGUUGGUGGUGGUGAUGGUGAUGGUGGUGGUAGCACAGGUAACAGUGGGAAGAGCAGGCGACGGAUGCGUGUAUCAACCCGCAGCAGCAGCAACAGUCGCGGCGCUGCGCGGUACUGGCUGGACGACGAAGCGGAGGAGGGGGACGACGACGAUGAUGAUGAGGUGGCGGCGCUGAUGGAGCAGGAGAGGCAACGGCGCAGGCGGACGAGGGACAAGAAGCAGAAGAAGCAGAUGAUGAAGAUGAAGAAGAAGAAGAACAAACAGACGAGGGAAUCGAAAGGCGGUGGUGCUGACGAUGACGAGGAUGACGAGGAUGAUGAUGACUUUGAGAGUCCAGGAUGGAAGGUGAAGAGAAACAGUCGUAAGGGCAGCAAAGAUGAUGGCGACGAUGAAGAACAACAUGGUGAAGAAUAUGAUGACGAAGAUUAUGAUGAUGACGAUGAGGAGGAAGGCAUGAUUGACGUGAACAAGUACGAUUCACAGGACAGUUUCAUUGAUGAUGCGUCCUCAUCACAGCAGCUCACCCCCGGCGAAACAAGCACGCGCCACCGCCGGCGCCGUCGCAGCAGCAACCCUGCCACGCCACCAACAACCCAGGGCAUGGCUGCCAUCUAUCGCCAGUCGCUCGUGUCGCCAUCGGUGGGGGGACCCAGCAGGCACGUGCCGCGUGGUCAGCGAGGAGCAGUGCGUGGCGGGUCGAGGCGCGGGCUGUUGUCCCAGGUGUGCGGGAACAUGCGGCUGAGCCGGGUGGGGCCAAUGCCAAACCUGCAGCGAUACAUGGCACUGGCAGAUGCCCUUGAAGGCGGUGGUCGUGGCACUGCUCGUGGCCUGCGCAAUCGCAGUGCUGGUGGUGGCGAUGAUGGUGAUGGCGACGAUGGUGAUGGUGAAGGGGAGGAUGGGAGCGCGUUUGUGGGCACCUUCUUUGGAGAUGAAGACGAGGUGGUGUGCACUGCAGGUGACGGCGAUGCCGACCUCGACAGCUACGACGAAGGAGACGGGUUUAUCGUGCACGCCGACGAAGAGGAGGAGGACGCGCUGCUGUGGGGCGCGGCGGAGGAAGUGGAGGGUGUGGCCCGGGCAACCGGCGAAGCUGACGCUGAUGAUGAUGAUAGACGUGGUGGUGGGGGUGGUGGUGGGGGUGGUGGUGGGGGUGGUGAGGAGGCGGUGGAUGGUGGGGAUGGUGUGAGUGAUCGGGGAAAUAGGCAUGCAGGAGCAGCAGCAGUACAGACGCGGCUGAAGGAGGCUUGCAAGGAUGCUGAUGAUGCUGAUGAUGAUGGCGUGGGCAGAUUGGGAACGGCAGUAACAACGGCAACAGUGGCAACAGUGGCGAGGGCGGGGAAGAAGGCAGACCACACCAGCGCGCGCGGUGAUGGGGAUGGGCAGGUGAGAAAGCGGGCAAAGCGGGAUGAAAGGAAAGGCAUGCGUAUCGGUCUGGAAACAGUUGCCGAGGGUAACAAUGAGCACGGAGGUGAUGGUGGUGGCGAUGGUGGUGAUGGGGGUGAUGGUGGUGAUGUGAACGUGGACGCCAUGCUGCAGUCCCUCAAGUUUACUGGAAGAGGAAUGCACACGGAUGCACCAGCGGUGCCGUCUUCGGCAACCGCGAAGCGUGGGACAGCGACCGCGAAGCGUGGAGCAACGACGGUCGUAUUGACUACGGCUGCUUCAACAUCCUGCGUGGUGCCAUCAUCGUCAUCAUCGUCAUUAUCGUCAUCAUCGUCAUUAUCGUCAUUAUCGUCGCCGUCGAAACGACCGCGCCGUGCCCUCAACUUGCGCACGCGGGCCCGAUCCCAGCGAGGUGGUGGAGGUGGUGAAGGUGGCAGCGGUGGCAGCGGUGGUGGUGGUGGUGGUGAUGGAGGUGCAGGUGGAGGUGGUGGUGCAGGUGAUGGAGAGGAAGGUGAUGGAGGUGAUGGUGGUGCCGCACGUGUCAAGCAGGAGGCAGAUGACCACGUACAGCACCAGCAACACGUACAGCAACACGUACAGCAACACGUACAGCAACAGAAGAAGGAUACGAAGCGGCCUGGCAUGGCUCCUGCGUUGCGCCGAGACCUCGAGCAGCGCGGGCUGGUGACGGCGGUGCAGGAGGGGGCGUGUGUCUUCAUCAACACGCGGCAACUACAGUCAAAUGGCGAGGUGAUUUCGCACCUGCGCGACCACCACCACCUCGACACGUGCGUUGUUGCGAUGGAUGCGAGGUCGCCGUCGUUUGUGCUGAGCACGCGCAUGGCUGUGCUCCGCCUGGCCCAGGCUGACGUAAUCGGCUGGAGCAGCAGGCCUGCCCUGCGUGAUUUGGUACUUGCCAGCGUGGCUGCGUACGACCGCUUCUACGUGAUUGUCGAGUACCAACGCGACAAGAACGCCGCCAAGGGCCGGCAUCGCCAGAAGGGUGCACACGAAGAGCUGCCCGUCCGCCACCGCUAUGAAGCGCACAAGGCGUACCACCACCACCUGGCCCAGCUGACACACGUGCGGGCAAUUGUCAUCACGUCGCUGUCGCCUUCAGACACGGCCGCGUUUGUGACGCAGCUCAUGCAGGGCGAACUCGGUAAAGGUCUCGCCCUCACGCGCACGUUUGCAGACGCCUGCGCACACUCCCACACCCAGCAGUUAUCACAGGUGCUUGAGCUUGUGUCUGGGUGCGGGUGGCUGACUGCCAGCAUGCUGGCUGUGCUGGCGCCGUCAUGGGAUGACAUCUUGGCCAUGGACGCACGAGAGAUUGUCGCUCGUGUUGGCUGCAAACCCCAACACGCCCACGCCAUUGUCAGGGGGCUCGCACACAAGUUUAUUCCCGAAUAG